AUGACAGACUUCGCGAGCGUCGCUAAGCAAUUCGUUACCCACUACUACGCGACCUUCGAUGCCGAUCGCAAGAACCUCGCUGGUCUCUACCGCGAGAACUCUAUGCUCACCUUCGAGGGUGCCCAGUCUCUCGGUGUCCAGGGUAUUACUGAGAAGCUUAUUUCUCUCCCCUUCCAGAAGGUCAAGCACGAGUACGGCGAGCCCGAUGCCCAGCCCACCGCUAACGGCGGUAUCAUCAUCCUCGUUACCGGCCAGCUUGUUGUCGAUGACGAGCAGCGCCCUCUUGGCUACUCCCAGGCCUUCCAGCUCUGCCAGGACGCCUCUGCCAAUUGGUUCGUCUUCAACGACAUCUUCAAGCUUGUCCUCCUCUAA